GCGUGGCAGGCGCUCCGGGCUCGGCUCUCCCGGCCUCUUCCCGGGAGGCGGGGUCGGCGCCGCGGCGGCGGCAGGCCCCCUCCUCCUUCCUCCGGCGCCCGGCCUCCUUCCUUGCCGCCUGCCCGCCCGCCCGCUCCCUCUCUCCCGGCCGCUCCGACGCCAGCAGCGCCCGCGUGCCGCUCGCCCAGCCCCGCGGGAGCCCGAGCAAGUUUCCCGGGCCGCGCGCCCCGCCCGCUCGCCUCGCAGCCCGUGGCCUCGCCCGCCGCCGCGCCCGCCAUGCCCUCGGCCAAACAAAGGGGCUCCAAGGGCGGCCACGGCGCCGCGAGCCCCUCGGAGAAGGGCGCCCACCCGUCGGGCGGCGCGGAUGACGUGGCGAAGAAGCCGCCGCCGGCGCCGCAGCAGCAGCCGCCGCCGCCCGCGGCGCACCCGCAGCAGCACCCGCCGCAGCAUCCGCAGAACCAGGCGCAAGCCAAGGGCGGCCACCGCGGCGGCAAGUCCGCCGCCGCCGCCGCCGCCGCCUCGUCCUCGGCGUCCUGCUCGCGCAGGCUCGGCCGGCUGCUCAACUUUCUCUUCUACCUCGCCCUGGUGGCGGCGGCCGCCUUCUCGGGCUGGUGUGUCCACCACGUACUCGAGGAGGUCCAGCAGGUCCGGCGCAGCCACCAGGACUUCUCCCUGCAGAGGGAGGAGCUGGGCCAGGGCCUGCAGGGCGUCGAGCAGAAGGUGCAGUCCCUGCAAGCCACGUUUGGAACUUUUGAGUCCAUCUUGAGAAGCUCCCAACAUAAACAGGAUCUCACAGAGAAAGCCGUGAAGCAAGGGGAGAGUGAGAUCAACCGCAUCAGUGAAGUCCUGCAGAAGCUCCAGAAUGAGAUUCUUAAAGACCUCUCGGAUGGGAUCCACGUGGUGAAGGAUGCCCGGGAGCGGGACUUCACGUCCCUUGAGAACACGGUGGAGGAGAGGCUGACGGAACUCACCAGGUCCAUCAACGACAACAUCGCCGUCUUCACUGAAGUCCAGAAGAGGAGCCAGCAGGAAAUAAAUGACGUGAAGGCGAAGGUGGCCACCCUGGGAGACCCCGAGGCCUACAAGCAGGAUUUCAAAGCCUUGAAGGGAGUUGUGAAGGAAAUACAAACCUCUGUGAAGUCCAAGGAGAAGGACAUUGAGGCCCUGAGAAGCACCCUCCAGGCCAUGGAGUCUGAUGUCUACACUGAGGUCAAAGAGCUGGUGAGCCUCAAGCAGGAGCAGCAGAAGUUCAAGGAGGCGGCAGACUCCGAGCACCUCACUUUGCAGGCCCUCACGGAGAAGAUCCUCCAGUCGGAGGAGUCUGCCUCCCGCCUCCCCGAGGCGGUCCGGACGCUGGAGGAAGAGCUACGGCAGCUGAAAGCUGAAACCCUCAGGCCGGAAGACAGAGUUUUCAGAAACUCUGAUGCCUUAGAGGCGCUGCGGGAGAAGAAUCAGGGCCUGGACUCCAGGCUCCAGGCCGUGGAGGAUGGAGUCCGUGCUGCGCAGACGGCCUCCGCGCGGCAGAGCGAGGGCCUGGAGGCCCUGCUGGUGAGGAGCGAGGAGCAGGGGCAGCGUCUGGCCGCCCUGCAGGAGCGCGUGGUGGGCCUGGGCUCCUCGGAGGCGGACCGGCGCGGCCUGGCCAGCACGGUGAGGAGCCUGGGGGAGGCCCAGCUCUCGCUCUACGGCGACGUGGAGGAGCUCAAGAGGGGCAUGGGCGAGCUCCCCAGCGCCGUGGAGGCGCUCCAGGAGGUGCAGGAGCAGGUCCACACGCUGCUCGGGCAGGGCCCGGCCUGGGCGCCUCCUCAGGACGUCCUGGACAGGCUGUCUUCUCUCGACGACCUGAGGUCCUCCGUCGGCCGGGUGGAGUCGGACUUGACCGUGCUCAGGACUGCCGUGGACGGUUUGGUGGCGUACUCCGUGAAAAUAGAAACGAACGGGAACGACUUGGAGUCGGCCAAGGGUUUGCUAGAUGACCUGAGAAACGAUCUGGAUAGGUUGUUCGUGAAAGUUGAAAAGAUUCAUGAAAAAGUCUAAAUGAAUUGUGGGUGUGGGGCACGGAUUUAAAAGUCCAGUUUCUCAUGACCAAAAAAAUGUCUUGUUUUCUCCGGUGCCCCUCCCCUCCCCUCCCCCCCAUGUUUUUGUCCCCCUUAAAAGAGCAGUCGACACCACAUGGGACACCAAGGCUUUGUGUGUUUUUGUGCCCAGUUAAUUUAUUGACGAUCAUUACCACACUCCAUCGGUUUCUCAAGUUUUCUGCUUCUGCUCUUGGCUGCCGUCUGAGGGCCCGGCCCCUGCGAAUCAGAGGCGCCUUCUAGGGGGGUGUCCCUAGUUUCAGAGAAUGGCGGCGGCUUCGACUGAGUGGAGCUGAAGCAGUUUAACCUCAAAAAAUCCCUGGCUGGCUGGCAGAUUUCAAGUAAAAGAAGAGUGGGGGGGGGGGGGGAGGCACUUUUCUCUCUAAUUGUCUUUAAGGAAAAUUUAUUAUUUUUUUUAUACUUCCGGCUGAAGUUUUCAUGAGAUGUCACUGACUUCUUGUCUUCCACUUUAAACUGGUUAAAACUCCUAAGCGUCAGCUCUGAGUCGGGAGGGGCACAGGCCCCUCCGUUUUUACUUCGAAGAGAAUCAGCUGCUUGACAGGUUGCCUCCCGUGCGGUGGGUGUCCUUCCCAUUCCCGAGUCGUCUCGUGAUCUCAAAGGUAACUAUGCAAAGAAUCCAGACGGUUCUGAAUGUGAAGGCUUAGCACCCCAGAGUCCCCUGUGGCCGGCCUGUGUCACCUCUUGGUAGGUCCCCAAACUGAGUGGGUUUAGAAUCCCUGAAAGGGGAGUCCUUGGAUUUCUUCAGGAAAUGUGUGGUGACAGCUGUCUGUAGCGGCGAGGGCUGACUCCCUGGGGAAUGGAGGCCAAGUCUUUUUAUUUUACCACCAUGUCCGUGACCAGGUUUGCUGUUAGAGCAGAUCCCCAUCUGUCAGUGAGGAAUGUGUGCAUUUUCUGUAGUUGUUGGCUGUUUCCCUUUCCCUUUGAGCUGUACUGUUCUUUAAUGGCUGUCUUGCCCUUCAGAAAAGAAAAAAAAAAAAAAAAGUUAGUUUACUGUGAAAUGAACUGUAUGGCUUAUUUACAGUAUUUUUAAUUCUUAAUAAACACUUGAGCUUUGGUACGA